GCGCUGUCUCUGCAGCAAGAGAUGAUUCUUCUUCCUUCUUCUUCUUCUUCCGCCAUUGCAGACUAACCACGCGACCUCCGAAGCUCGAACCCUUCCGGCGACCGAGCCCCCCGCCGCUCCCGGCGCAGCGCGGCAGGAUGUCCUUCGUCUCGACCUCCGCUCCUCCCGCUCUCACUUCUCUCCACGGCCUAUCCUUCUCCCCCCACCGCCGCCGUAGUAGCCCCGGGCGACCUUCGCUCCGGUCGCUCCUCGCGGUCUCGAACCCGAGGCCGAAUGCCUCCGGUCCCCUCCUCUGCCGCGCCUCGAAGCCGCAGGGCAGCCCGGUGAAGAAGCGCCAGUCCUCCGGCGCCGGCAAGAGGAAGAAGAAGUCGGGCGACGCGAAGGAUGUCGAGGUCGUCGAUAAUUUCGUUAUCGGCGAGGACGAUGGGGAGCGUUCGUUGGCGGCGGGGUUUCAUCCCACGCCGUUGCCGAAGCCGCCCGCCGGGUUCGUGGUGGAUGAUCAGGGCAGGGUCGUCAUGGCUUCGGACAAGCGCCUGGUUGCGAUUGUUGAUCCUACUAACAACUUUCCCUUGGAGUGUGUUAUAAGGAGAAUUUUCAGAAGUUCAAGCGGUGAUGAAUGUAUGCUGCUUUGCCCUGCAGACACGCCCGUCCAGAUAUUGAAGAGCACCAAUAUUGAUGGCUGGUCAGCUGUAAGUGACGAAGAAGUUGAAUCAAUACUCCCUACUGCAGCUUUUGCUCUUGCAAAGAUACACAUGCACUUGGUAUAUAGCGGAUUCUGUUAUACUGCUCGGGGAGGGUUUUGCUACUCGGAAGAUGAUAUAUUUGAUUUCCGAACAGAUGAUGGUCAAGAUGUUGAUGGCUUACCCACUGAAGGAGUGGAAAUUACAUGCUUUCAUAUGGAUGGUGCACAUUACAUGAUUUAUACACCCUCUGAUCCACUUCUUUUUGUUGCUGUGAAGGAUCACAAUGGGCAGUUGCAGAUUGCUGAUGAUGAUCUGUUGGAGGACCCUUGCAUAAUAAGUGCCAUAGAUGAAGAGACUGAGUUCAAUGCCUUAGUGGAGGAAGAAGCUGCCCUGCUUGAAUCACUGAUGGGAGAAAGAUGACAAAGGAGCUUGGCUGACACAGAAUAUAGGGUGUUAGGUGGCUGUCUUGAAAGACCAGUCUGGCUAAAGAAGCAAUGCCAAAGAAAGGCCUUAAACUUGUAGUGUUCUUUUGCCCUUAUGCCCGUCUUAUUGUAAAUGGUAGAAUCUCUCUGCGGUAAGGUGCAAAACUGCAAGUAGUCAUUAUUUGCGUUAAUGCUUUCUAUUCCUCUUUAUUGGCCCCUUUGACCAGUGGUUUCUCAUGAAGAAAGCUUGCUUCACAUCAUUUGGCUUGGUCUGUCUACAAGAAUUCAGGUCGAUAUAGAAGUUGAGGAGAUGUCUGGUCUAGGAAAGAUAUGGACACUGUACAUGAUGGACGUGAAUUUUGUAAUCCGUAAGGAAUUUAUCCAUCAGUCUUUUUUUUUUCCUUGUUUUUUGGAUGUGUUGGAGAUCCUGGUACUGAUGUAUAGGUUGGGAUGUGGAAUGCAACUUCUACCAUCUUUUAUUGUGAGAUGGCUUGCUCGGAUGAUUGUUUUAAAGAUGUUUGUUCUUGAGAUUAUUUGGCUAA